AUGGGAGAUAUAUAUAAUGAUAGUAAAAAUGAUGAUAUUAUAAAUAAAAAGCUUCAAAUUGGAAUAAAAGAAAAUUAUAAAUCCAGAAAUACAAGAUAUGAUGAAUUAUUUAAUAAAUAUUAUGAAAAUAAAAAUAAAGAAAAAGACAAUAAAAUGAAUUUAUAUUAUGAUAAUACAAAAAAUGAAAUAUUAAAAAGAAAAAAAUAUAUUUUAGAGGACGAUGAACACGAUCAAGACCCUCAAUUAAUAUAUCAACAUAACGAAUCCGACAAUUCUAGAAAAAUAAAAAUAUUUGAUAAAAAUAUAUAUGAUGUAAUAAAUAAAUAUCGGAAUACAGUAGGAAGUGGGCAAAGCCGAAAUCAUAGCAAAAAAAAAAAAAAUAUGAAUAGUCAAAGAUAUCCAUAUUUCGAUACAAAAAAUAUUUCUAUAUCAAAUAAUCGAAAUAAGUUACUAACUCCAAACAAUAAUUCUAGCUAUAAUUUUUUAGAAAAGUCAAAUAAAAGUAUAACUCAAAUUGAUGAUAAAAAAAAAAUAAGAACUUAUAAUAGUAUAUCAAAUUUAGACAAUAUUAUUCAUAAAUCAUUUCGAAAUUUAAGCAGAACAAGUCAAUACCCAUAUGAUUCUAAAAAUCAUAAUGAAAUAAUAGAAUUUUCAAAUUAUAAUCCUACUCAUCAUUUUAAUGUAAAACAAAUAAAAAAUAAAAUUGGUAAUAGCAAUAAAACUUAUUGCAAUGAUAUAAUUAAUAACUUAUCAAAAAGAGGUACAAAUAUUAAUGAUAAUUUUAAAUAUUAUAAAAAUGGAAAAAGCCAAUAUAAAGAUGAAAUUGGUAGAUGUGAUACUCAUUCACAUUUGUCAUUAUAUGGGAAUUUUGAUGAAAGUAAUUUAAAAAAUGAUCCUGAUUUUUUUCAAAAAUUUCCAAGUAAAUCGUUAUGUAUAGAUAAUUAUAAAAAGAUGUUAAAAAAAGGAAACUUAACAAAAUAUAAUGAUAAUAUAAAACAUACUAAAUUAAAAAGAAAUGAUGAAAUAUAUACAAGUAGUGAAAUAGAUCAAUCCGAUAUGGAUAAAGAAAUGAAAUAUGAAAAACCGUUUUAUCAAUUGUCUAACAAUAUAACGAAUGGAUUGGAAACAGAAAACAUGCCAUAUUCACAGUUUUAUGACAAAGAAAAUGAGAGAAAAACAAAAAUAAAAAAUAACUGUUUAUAUAAAAAUAAAUUAAAAAGUACAAUAAGCAGAAAACAUUCGUUAAAUGAAAAUUAUGAUCAUAUUAAUAGAUCAUACAUAACAAAAAGUUUUGAUAAUUUUGAAAAUUCAAGUCAUUACAGUGAUAAUGUAUAUGAUGAUAAUAAUAAUAUUUAUAAAAUUGAUAAAUAUGAACAAAAUCGAUUCAAUAUAAAUUCUAAUAAAAAUAAAGAUAAAAUAUAUAAACAUCUUAAUUGCUCUGAUGCUAUCACAAAAUAUAAAUCAAAUACAGCUUCUCUAUAUAAUGACAAAAAUACAAUUUUGAAUAUGUCAGAACUAGAAAAUUAUGAUGAAAAUAAAAAUAAGAUACUAAUAAAUAGCUAUUCUGGUAAUCCAUAUUUUAUAGAUAAUAAAUUCGAAUAUACUCAUCAAAAUGAUGAAAGAAAAUUCAAAGAAAGAAAAAAUAAUGGAAAAAAAAAUAUGAUAGAUGCAGGAAAUUCAAAUAAUAUAGAUGCAGAAAGUGUAAAUUCUAAUAAUAUCAAAAGUACACAAUUACAUAUUAGUCGUAUUUCACAUUAUUCUAACGAUUUUUCUACUUUAUAUGAUUAUGGAAAUAAUUCAAAAUACAGACAUAGCAAUAAUAAUUGUGAACAGAGUAUUGGGAAGCAUAAAAUAAACCAAUACUCAAACCCUGAUAAAAUGAAAAAUGUAUUUUUAGAAAAUAAUAAAAUGCCAUCUAAUUUACAUACAACAAAUUAUAGUGAUAUGCAUAAAUCAAUUCAUAAUUGUCAAUAUAACAACCUUAGUAAUUAUAUCCUAAAUGACAAUAAAGAUUAUCAUUAUAAUGAUGAUAAGUAUAUGCAUAAUAAUAGUAAUAAUAAUAAUUGGAGUGGAAUCAAUACCUUGUUAUCAACUAGCCAUUUGUCUACAAAAAAUAAAAUAAAGAAAAAAUCACAAAGUAGAAAUAAUUCAAAAAUUUCGAGAAAAUAUAUCCUUACCCAAAAUAAUGAAAUGGAAAAUAGUAAACAUUAUAAUAAUGGUAUAAAUGAAGAAAAACGUAUUAGUAUGUCUAGUAAUAAUAUUUUAUCAAAUAAAAAUAACGAAAUACUGAAAAAACAAGGGAAAUAUUCUUUAAAUAAUAUACAAAAUAAUUAUAAUUCAGAAUAUAUCGAAAAUAUUAAUGAAAAUAAAGAUUACAAUGAACUUUUUUAUGAUAUUAAUAUUUUUACUAAAGAUAAAAAAAAAAAAAAUGCAAAGCGUAAUUUAUCGACAAAAUUAAAGAAAGACAUUUUAUUAGACAGUCUGUUAAAGCAUGAUGAUGAAUAUCAUGAUGAAAUGUCUUGUUCUGAAAAAGAAUUUCACAAAAAAAAUAUAAAUAAAAGAAAUGUUAAAUUGAAAAAAAAAUGUAAUACACAAAAUUAUAGAGAUAUAUAUAAUGACUAUAUGAUUGAAGAAAAUACAAAUAAUCCAUAUACACACCAAUUUAGUACAUUUAACAAUUUAAAAAAUAGAUUAUUUACACGAUCUAUGCAUAUUGAUGAUUUAAAUGGCGAUAACUAUGAUGCAAAUUAUGAUGUAAAUUAUGGAGAAAAAUAUGGGGAAAAAUAUAAUGAUUCGAAUUUUGAAACAAAUUGCUAUUUUGAUUAUACUCAAAUAUGUAAUAGCAAAAAUACAAGUAAUUGUAAUGAAUGUUUUUAUGAUAAAAAUAAUCAGAAUGAUAAUAAAAAAUCCACAUUGAGCUCAUUAAAUUACCAAGAAAUUAUUGUUUUAAUUUUAAUUUAUAUUUUAAAAUUUAUAUAUUAUCUUAUUUAUUAUAUUUUUCAUUUUUUCAAGCAAUUUACAAUUUAUAUAUUCAAUCAAAUAAAUAAAAUAUCAUUAAAAUGUAUAAUAGUUUCUGUUAUUGUUUCAUUACCACUUUUAUUGUUUGUCUUUUCAUCACUAUUAUUAUCUUAUAGAAGUUUGAAUAUUGAUUAUUAUGAUCGAGAUAUUUGA